UGGGUGGUUGGAUCCCUGGAGAUCCUCGGUAGUCCUGCCAGCCUUGUGCGGAGCAUCGGUAAUGGAGUGUCAGACUUCUUCCGCUUGCCGUAUGAGGGUCUGACCCGAGGCCCCGGAGCCUUUGUCAGCGGAGUGUCCAGAGGAACCACUUCUUUUGUCAAACACAUCUCUAAAGGCACCCUGACAUCCAUCACUAACUUAGCCACAAGUCUGGCAAGGAACAUGGACCGUCUGUCUCUUGAUGAAGAGCACUACAUCAGACAGGAGGAGUGGAGACGACAGCUUCCAGAGAGCCUUGGUGAUGGACUGAGACAGGGAUUGUCACGACUAGGCAUUAGUUUGUUAGGAGCAAUAGCAGGCAUUGUUGACCAGCCCAUGCAAAACUUCCAAAGGAACUGGGAGACACAGAGGUCAGCGGGAUGCCAAGCCAAGGGAGUAAUCUCUGGUGUGGGAAAAGGGAUUGUCGGCGUUUUUACGAAACCUAUUGGAGGAGCGGCUGAACUGGUGUCCCAGACUGGCUAUGGGAUCCUCCAUGGAGCAGGCCUGUGGCAGCUCCCUAAACAGCUCCACCUUCCCACUGAAGAAAAGUCAGCCCUGGCCUCAAACACUCACCUGAAAUAUGUCUGGAAGAUGCUGCAGUCUCUGGGACGAACAGAGCUCCACAUGGCCCUGGAAGUGACCAUUGUGAGUGGGUCAGGUCAGGAGCAUGCUGGCUGUCUGCUGCUUACCUCUGAGGUCCUAUUUGUGGUCAGCCUCAGUGAGGACACACAACAGCAGGCCUUUCCCAUCACAGAGGUGGAGUGUCAGCAGGAGCCCGGAGAACAGAGCCAGCUGAAGCUCAUGUUGCAGCAGCAGACAGUAACCAGUGAAACC